UUUCCUUUUUAAGUGUUCUUUUAGAAGUUACCAUAUCAUCAAGCAUUCUUAUCAUUUCGAUUUUGUACUCCGUUGCUCUCUUUUUCUUUGUUAAACUAGGACAGUAUAAUAAAGUGGACGAUGAGUAUUUACAGUGACAGGAGAUUCUCAUUUAUAAUCUCUGAUUUGUUUGCACCAAGAUAUUUUUAUUUAUGUUGAGAGAAUUUGAUCAAACUACUGCAAAAGUGGCAAUUGGAAAUCUUGGAUGAAGGAUGGAUGGGAUGGGGGGUUGUGGCAUAUUCUUGUUUCUUCUGCAAUAAUAGUUGUCAACUCAAAGUAAUAACCAUAGAAAAAUGGGGAAAAAAAAAUCCACCUGGAAAGGAAGAAACUUGUGGAUAGAGAGAUAAUAAGAUGGAGAUACUUAAAAUCUUUUGAAGCCUCCUGAUUGGUAGAUGUUCUACCUCUCAAAAUCAGCCACCACAAUUUUCAUCCACGCAAAUCAUGACCACCCAUCUUUUAUUUCCCCACAAACAUCAAGCCAUCUAUCCCACAUUAAAGUAGCACCCUUUGUCACCAACAGUUUAGAACAGAAAGCAUAACAAGAAGCCUGCUAGUUCAGUCAGCUCAAGGUUGAAGAGAAAAUACUAUCAUCCAUGUCAAUGGCAGCUGCAGCUAGUACCAGCACUGUGGUCAGAGCCACCCCAUUUUUGGGACAACCCAAAAAUGCCAACCCACUUAGAGAAUUUGUCUCCAUGGGCAAUGGCAAAUACACCAUGGUACAUCCUUCUCUUUCUGGUUUCCUCUGUUUCACUUGAUCAAGUUAUGCAAAGAUCUGAUUUUUAUGUUUUAUCACUUUGGUAAUGAACAGGGUAAUGAGCUAUGGUACGGACCAGACCGUGUCAAGUACUUGGGUCCCUUCUCAGCUCAGACCCCUUCUUACUUAACCGGAGAGUUCCCCGGUGAUUAUGGUUGGGACACCGCUGGUUUAUCAGCUGAUCCUGAGGCUUUUGCCAAGAACAGAGCCCUUGAGGUUAUCCAUGGAAGAUGGGCUAUGCUUGGGGCACUAGGAUGCAUCACCCCAGAAGUGCUUGAGAAAUGGGUUAAAGUAGACUUCAAGGAGCCAGUGUGGUUCAAGGCAGGAGCCCAGAUCUUCUCCGAAGGCGGACUUGAUUACUUGGGCAACCCGAACCUGGUUCACGCUCAGAGCAUUCUGGCAGUUCUGGGAUUCCAAGUGGUUCUGAUGGGACUUGUUGAAGGGUUCAGAAUUAAUGGACUUGAUGGUGUUGGUGAGGGAAACAACCUCUACCCAGGUGGCCAAUACUUUGACCCUCUGGGACUUGCUGAUGAUCCAACUACUUUUGCUGAGCUUAAGGUUAAGGAAAUCAAGAAUGGCAGGCUAGCCAUGUUCUCCAUGUUUGGAUUCUUUGUCCAAGCCAUUGUCACUGGGAAAGGUCCUCUUGAGAAUCUGUUGGAUCACCUUGACAACCCAGUUGCUAACAAUGCCUGGGUCUAUGCCACCAAAUUUGUUCCUGGAUCGUAAAUUUUUUUUUAGUGCUUAUUGUGAAAUGAAAAUUUGUGAAUGCAAAACAGUUUAGUUUACAUUUGACUCCAAUUGUUAUAAGUUCUGGUGCUCUUGUAUCCAUUAACAAGUAUAUCACUGCUUCAGUAAUGAUUUUGUCCUUCCUCUAUCAAGCUAGCUAAUUAAAUUUUGUUUGUUGUUUUUUCUUUUUGGGGUUAAUGCUAAGAAGCUGAAGGCUAGCUAGCUAAUGUUCUCCAAACAUCAAGAACAA